GCGCGCUCUCGAUGGGCGGCUGCAGCGGAAGCUUGUCUUCAUCUCUGAGGUCGUCGCGCACGCGCAGCGGUGUGAUGGCGGCCGCGCGCUCUCUGGUUCUCCAUCGUGAAUUGUGAGCAUAUAACUGGAUAAAUCAGAAAUGACUCGCCGACAGGACUCGGUUCUUCUGGGAAGCUGCGCUAUCCUUCUGUUUCUGAACACCGGAGGUUCUGCUCUGCCGAACCGGACCAGCGAUGUGCAUAAUGAGGCCACGGACAGUAAUAAAUUCACCAAUAAAGACCCUCUUGAGCUCCAGCACAACAGCAGUGCUGAGGGCCGCAUGCGGCUUCUGGGGGACAGCGGGCCCCUGUGCGCCUACCGCAGUCUAGGCCCCGGUGACCCCGGGCAACUCUGCUUCCGCUACGCCCGGCCUGACUUCAGGUGUGCCAGCGGGUCAUGCCAACAGGUGAGCUCAGGUGAUGGGCAGCUCACAGCAAACAUACUGACCAAUGGAAGCGUGUUCAUCCAGUGGGCCCUCAGUGACUCUGUGGCCCCGCCAGGGCGGCCGGGCGGCUUCAGGCUCAGCUGCUGGUGGAACGGCAGCUACACACAGUUCGAAUGCGGCGGGGUCCACUUCGGGAGCAGCUGCAGGGAUUAUUUACUCAGUGAGCUGCACACUAACGUGCCCUACCGCAUCUGCAUGCGGCCCUACGCCACAGACCGGGCCCAAGCCUGCGUAGAGUUCAGCCUGUCCCCUGGCGGGAUGCAGGACAUCGUGAUCGCCAUGACGACCGUGGGCGGGGCCAUCUGUGUGAUGCUGGUCAUCAUCUGUCUGCUGGUGGCGUACAUUACUGAAAACAUCAUGAACCCGACCGCGCACACGCAUAGAUCACACCUGCACACACACCUGUGAUCUCUAACAUCACACACACACACACACACACACACACACACAGAGACACACAACUCAGGAUCAGAAGCAAAGGGCUUAAUCCUGCUCCUGAGAUACACAACACUGCUUACUCACAGACUGUGUUCGGAACAGAGAAGACAGAUCGUGCAUCGUGGUCACAGUAUUAACUGCAGAAAUAAAUCUGAACACAGCAAUACACUUUGCUCUAUAUACCUGUUUACCUGUGUUUAUGUGCAUCUUCAUUUAUAGUAUCAUUUAAUAAUUCUAUUUUACCAAAAAACUGUGGAUUCACUGAUAUUUAGACUGAUAGUUAUACAUUUGUCUUAGAAAAGCAAUGGAUCGCGGCAUAAUGAUGACUCUGUGUACGGUCAUUGAGUAGUGAGGAAGACAAGCUGCUCCACUUUCAUUAGAGUAUGGGUGUAGUUUUGUACUUUUGCGUGUAAACCCAAUAAUUUGCAGUAUGCCUUAUCUUUACACAACUCUUCUAAUCAUGAGUUAAUAAUAUUCACCAAAAUAAGGACCCACCGACUGACUGAGCAGUCAUUUGAAUACUGUGCUUUUUCUCUGUGAUACAGACCUUUGUCUCAAUAAAGGAGGUUGAAUUUGA